GGAGUGGUUUGCUAGCCUGCGGGAAGCCAGCACAGGGAGCAGACAACAGGUAGCGAGCCUGCAUUGCCAAGUAGACCAGCAGCUGCUUUUCAUCCUGUCUGGAGUUUCCCACACAGCGAACGCUGCGCAGCCAGGGCUAGUGCCUCAGCCAUCAUCCAGCCAAAUGAUGACAAAGGUGUGAAUAAGCAAGGUCAGGUCGUAUUUUGCCAGACUAGAUCAGAGUCGCCAAGCAGAGAGUAGCAAACGUUACUCAUUGGGCUUGGCCAUUAUUGUUUAGAAAUAGUGGAAUAUGUGGUGUGUCUUCCAACUAACUUAACUGCAUCCGUUUGUAGGUGGCAGGAUUUUCCAAAUAUGUAAAGGUACAGAAAAGCUUUUGGUGUAUGAAAUGAUUAAGAUGUUUUUGAAAAGCAUUUCCAAAAUUCUCCGCCUCCUAGGAGGAAGUGGUCUGCCAUCCAGAAAGUGACGUGUUUGUAAAUAUGCCACAUAACAAUGGCAUAGGAAGACAAGUUGAGGAAGAAAACUAAAAGUCAUUCUCUUCUCCCUCCCAUGUAGUAUAAGCCUUACAACGUGGCUGUUAUUUUCAUUGUUACCUACCUUAGUCUGGUUGUUUAAACAAGUCAUUGAAGUUGAAGAGCGAGAAGGGUCUCCACACACGCGUACACACGCACGAUCACCAGCCUUGGCCAGUCCUGUUACUUAAGGAAAUGUGUAAAAUGAGCGGCUGCAUAAAUGUCCAACUGCACAGGAAGAUGGAGUUAGGUAGGUUAUUGUGGUCCGAGGAAUCAAAAGUGAUUUAAAAGCAGCUUCCAAGUUGUUUUACAAAGUAAUAUCUAUUUCUGUCUGCUCAUGUUUACAAUGCAGGCAGUCACGUGUGCGCUCAUUACAUGGAUGACAAGUGCUUUUCAACACUGAACAUCUUUUCAUACACUUUUACAUCAGUCAUAAAUAAAACAGGUAGAAUGAAGAUAUUUUUCCCCUCCAUUACUCAUUGUCUGGAAUUGUCUAAGGGGUCUGGGGUUUUUUGUUUUUUUUUAAAAAUAAUUCCCUUACCUAUUUCCCAAAAGAGAACAUUCAAAACAAAGCAGUGUUGCAAUAGCGAUUAGUUGGUUAGGUUUCAAGUGUAAACCUUUCCAGAAAGUCAUCCUGGCAUUGGAUGAUUUAAAGCUCCAGGUACCACAUCUGUAGCAAGAGGGAGAGUUUUUAAAACCAGCGUUCAGAGCCUGCAGCCAAGCUCUGAUCUCACUGAUACUAACCAGGUGCGGCCCGGCGAGCUUCAGCAGAGGGACUCCCGAGUUACACAUGGGAAAAUGAGACCAGACAGCAAAUCCCAUUAGUGUUUUUCCUUUCUUCUUGCUUUGGAUUUAGGUGUCACCUAGCAGAGAUUCUGGACAUCUCACAGAAUUUCACUGCCAAAAAUUACAUUCACAGGCAUCAAUUUCUGGGGAACAGAGGAGAGAAAACGUUCUUUCUGUUUGAUUCAAACUGCAGUUUUCCUGUCUUCGGCAGUCCUCCUUGGUCUCAGCAAAUCAUUUGGCUGAAGAAUGGCUUUUCUAGAAAGUAAUCCCUGUAAUCACAGCAUGCAUCAAAGUUGCUGUUGCUUUCCUUUUGUUCCCUUUUUUAAUCAGUACAGUACUUGAACCUGGACACUGCUAAAUAUUUACAGGAGGAAUGAAAUCAUAAAGUCACAAGCCAUGGGGAGGCAGAUAUGUGACUACCCUCUUAAAGCACGUCCUUUGACAUAUCUUGAAGGAAGAUUGGUAUUUCAUCUUUUAAAUAUUCCUCCUACACGUGCUGUUCUAGAUGAAAGCACUGGAAAGGUGUUGGUCGUACAAGACAGAAAUCGGACUAUAAAUGCGUGGAAAUUUCCAGGAGGUCUGUCUAAUCCAGGCGAAGACAUUGGAGACACAGCAGUUCGAGAGGUUUUUGAAGAGACUGGCAUCAAGUCAGAGUUCAAGUCCAUCCUAAGCAUAAGACAGCAACACAAACACCCCGGAGCCUUUGGGAAGUCAGAUAUGUACAUCAUCUGUCGCCUGGAGCCCUCCUCCUUCACCAUCAGCUUCUGCCAGCAGGAGUGCCUGAGGUGCGAAUGGAUGGACCUCCAUGAGCUUGCUAGGACGAAACACGCUACUCCCAUCACCAGCAACGUAGCUAAACUCUUACUUUACGGAUACCGGGAAGGGUUUGAGAAGAUUGAUAUAACCAUGAGAGAGUUUCCGGCUGUCUACACAGGCCUGUUCUACAAACUGUACCACAGGGAGCUGCCCGAGUCCUACAGAAACAUUACAUGAUAGCAAUACAUUUCACAUUUCAUUAUGUUAAUAAUUUAGAAUUAUUAUUGUAUUGUUAUUUAGACCAUAUUAAAAUUAUCCAUGGACUUCUUUUUAGGUAAUUAUUAGAAAGUAAUUAUUUACUCUAUUCUUUAAUAAGCUAUAGAGAUAUAAAUUAUUUUUAAAGGUAAA